UUUUGAUGUAAGGAUGACAUAGCAAACAAAGGGGCUGCUUGUUCUAGAAUUUGACACGUCUGAAUGCAACCCUAACCCCUAUUCGGUUUUGUGGCGUGGGAGCCUUUUUCUGUGUUCCAAGCAAUUUGGAAAUAUUGCGUCUUCUUCUUCCGCUUUCCAAUUUCUUCUCUUCAAUUCAAUAAAAGCUGCGAUCAAAAGGAUUAAGUUCCUAUUGGUCAAAGUUUGAAUCGAAGGGAAAUGCUAAACAAAAACGAAUAUGACCACUUCAUGAAUUCCGAUCAAUCUUCAGCGGAUGCCGCAACACAUGAAUAUGAACUUGAGUUGAUCUCUGAUUCGUCAACCAUGAUUGAACCCAUUAAAUCUCCUCCUCCGCCGCAACAACCUACGCCCUUGAAGUCAAAUGACAAAUUAGGGCUUUCGGAGCGCACUUUAUCCGCCGCUGGCGCCGCCGUCCUCUCCGCCGUUAUCGUUAACCCUCUUGAUGUCGUCAAGACAAGGCUGCAAGCACAGGCCGCUGGUGUUGCUUACUCGCAUCCGAUGACUAAUCAUACCAGUCGAAUGGCUGUUUUUGGACCAAACAUGAUGUUUGCGGAUCUAAGAUGCUCACCAACAUGCACACGUGCUGGAGUACAUGGUACAGUGUCAAUAUGUCCGCCAGAUUGUUUUGAGUACAAAGGAACACUGGAUGUUUUUUACAAAAUCAUUCGCCAGGAGGGAGUUGCAAGAUUAUGGAGAGGCACAAAUGCUGGUCUUGCACUGGCUGUACCAACUGUGGGAAUUUAUCUCCCUUGCUAUGACAUAUUCCGUAAUUGGUUUGAAGAGUUUUCUGCUCAGAAUGCUCCAAGCAUGACCCCGUACGCCCCUUUAUUGGCCGGAUCGCUGUCACGCUCAUUGGCUUGCACUACCUGCUAUCCUAUAGAACUUGCUAGAACUCGCAUGCAGGCAUUUAAAGACUUCAACGGUGGUAAAAAAUCUCCUGGAGUGUGGAAGACGUUGGUGGAUGUAUUAUCUAGUGUCAAGACAUCAGAAAAUAUGAAGAACGUGCAAAGUUACCGUGCUCUUUGGACAGGUCUUGGGGCACAGCUUGCUCGUGAUGUACCUUUUUCUGCCAUCUGUUGGUCUACUCUUGAGCCAGUAAGAAGAAGGCUUCUAAGUCUUGUAGGUGAGGAAGCCAAUGCUGUGAGUGUGCUUGGAGCAAAUUUCUCUGCUGGUUUUGUUGCAGGUAGCCUUGCUGCCGCCGCUACCUGUCCACUUGAUGUUGCAAAAACUCGAAGACAAAUAGAGAAGGAUCCAAUUAGAGCAUUAAGGAUGACAACGAGGCAGACUCUAAUGGAGGUGUGGAGGGAUGGAGGAAUGAGGGGACUAUUCACAGGGGUGGGGCCACGUGUGGGGCGUGCAGGACCUUCGGUUGGAAUUGUGGUUUCGUUUUAUGAGGUUGUGAAGUAUGCUCUACAUCGUCAACAACAUGCAGCUUCAUGAAUCAUGACUAAUAAGCAGUGUUUAUUCCAUUAUACUUUCUUUCUGACUUGCGGUUCGAUGGUGGUGGAGGAGGUGAAUAAUAAUACAUCAUACGGCAUACAGAGAUUAAGCAGUUUUGGUAGUCGGUAGAUUUAGAUGCUCUCUUCAUUGCCUCAUGAAAACAAAACUAAUAUCAGUUCUUUUUGUUCUUUACAUUUAUUCUCCACGAACAUAGUCCAGCUAGUUACAUUCAAAGUUACAAUUUUGUAUUUGGCCCUGAAGGAUUUUGAAAAGUGAAAUGUUCAAAUUACUAA